AUGUCCAACGUUGAUGCGUCGGAGGUAAAAGAAACUGCAGUCAGUAGACAGCUCAAGGACUUACUCGCAGGCGCCACCGGGGGAGUUGCCCAGGUAUUAAUCGGCCAACCAUUUGACAUUAUUAAAGUCCGUCUCCAGACCACAAAUCAAUACCCUAACGCACUUACUGCUGCCAAAAAGAUCUUCGUACAGGAAGGAGCUUCAGCCUUCUACAAAGGGACUCUCACCCCGCUGAUUGGCAUAGGUGCAUGCGUAUCCAUUCAGUUUGGUGCUUUCUAUGAAGCUCGUCGUCGCCUUGAAGCCUACAAUGCCUUAAAAACGCCUCUGAAGCCAGAUCUCUCUUACACGCAGUAUUAUGCUGCGGGCGCUUUUGCAGGGCUUGCAAACUCGGUGAUAUCUGGCCCUAUUGAGCAUGUGCGAAUUCGACUACAAACUCAACCACAUGGGCACGGUAAACUUUACUCAGGACCUUUAGACUGCGUUCGAAAACUUUGCACAAGAGCUGGAAUUAGGAACGGUCUCUAUCGCGGUGAGAUGGUUACGAUCUUGAGAGAGGCCCAGGCUUAUGGUGUGUGGUUUCUUGCAUUUGAAUACAUGAUGAACGCAGAUGUAUCCAGAAAUAAGAUCGAGCGGCACGAAAUUUCUAGCUCCAAAGUCGCUCUCUAUGGCGGCUUGGCUGGGGAAGCGCUAUGGCUAUCUUGUUACCCAUUUGACGUGGUUAAAAGCAAAAUGCAGUGCGAUGACCUCGGCACUGGUAUGAGAUACAAAGGAAUGCGAAAUUGUUUCCAACAGACAUACAAAGUAGAGGGAAUCCUUGGAUUCUGGAAGGGCAUAGGACCUACUUUGUUAAGGGCAAUGCCUGUUAGUGCAGGCACAUUUGCCGUGGUUGAAUUCACAAUGAGAGCACUUUCUGCUUAA